CGACAGUCCCGAAAAUUCGAUAUUGAAACCUCAUCUGCACAUUUACAGUGCCCUGAACUUUGAGAUUGCGUCGAAUCGACCAAUAAACCCUGCAAAAUGAGAUGUUAAUGAGCGACUAUGAGGUUACUCUGGUGAAUGAUAAUAGUAGGCAAGAAUUUUAUGUCCGCUUCAAGGGUCCUGAGGAAACACCUUUCUCCGGUGGCCACUGGAAGAUUCACGUCGAGUUACCCGACCAAUACCCCUACAAGAGCCCUAGUAUUGGGUUCGUAAAUCGGAUCUUCCACCCCAACAUCGACGAGCUUUCCGGAUCGGUUUGCCUGGAUGUCAUCAACCAAACAUGGUCACCAAUGUACGAUAUGAUCAACAUCUUCGAGGUCUUCCUUCCACAACUCCUGCGCUAUCCGAACCCAUCGGACCCACUAAACGGCGAAGCUGCCGCAAUGCUGAUGAGGGAACCCAAGAGUUAUGAGGCCAAGGUGAAGGAAUACGUGGCAAAGUACGCUAGCAAAGAGGCCGUCGACGAUGCCGGAGAAGACACAGAAUCGGAAGAUGAACUGAGUUCCGCGGGCAGCUACGAAUCCGGCGGGGAAGAACCAGCCGGUACGAUGGACGAUGUGUAACUGAGUCAGUUCUCUAGCUUCCUUUUUUUACGGUUAUGUCUGCGUGCGAUUAUUCUUGGAUUCGGUAUUC